CUGAUUAUUCAUGCAUGAUCUUUGUAUUCUACACCCCAACCAUGUUCUCGUUCCGUAUCUUCCUUCUUAUGUUUCUCUUCGCUCUUAUAGCUAUCGUUGGAUGGAUCUACCAGUGGUAUAUUCUCUUAAUUAUCGCUUUAAAACAUCUACAAAAAUUGUUUGCACUUGUACCUUAUAUAUAUGAUACUUUAUAUGUGUAUAGAAUUGAUAUGAGUUUAAUUACUUAUUCUCUCCGAUUAGGGGAACAAGGGUGUGAUUCAUCUCCGACUCCGAGCCGGGAAGAUUUGUACGACGAACAGGCGCGACAAAGUUUGGACAAUGCCGACAAGUUUGGUAGGAUCACUCUCGACUGUGGGACUACUGGUGGAGGCAGUGGUGGAAACAGCGGUUCCGCGAUGAUUAUAGACAUAUCUGUUGGUCUCUUCUUUAUCAUUUUGGUCGCCAUUGGAAUCUGGAUUGUUUUCGUCCGAAGACAAAAGGCCAUGAACGCAGCCGUUGUCAAACCCUAUUCAGGUAAAGAGAUGGGCUAUGGAAUGGGUGAGAAGACGAAAACGGUUGCCAUGAGUGCUCCUGCCGGAAAGCUUUCAAAUGGUGACGCCAAUGUUUGA